AUGAUGAUCGAUUGGACAAGUGCAUUCAUCGUGCUGAGAAAUGUCAAGAUCGACAGAAACCGUGAAAAAGUUGAAGCAGUUCUGAAUUACCUUAGAAUACAGCAAUGUGGAAUGAAAUGCUUACUUUGUGAUUUCGAUCUAAACACUCAAGGAUUACUGUGCAAAAGAUGUUUUAGGCAUCUUCAUCCUGCACAGAUUGACUUAAAAAUGUCUAUAGUUGUUGAAUAUGCACUUUUGAUGCAUACAAUAGAACAAUCAGAUAAACUCACUGAAAUAUAUGCAAAUACAAAUGCAAAAGCAAUCAGUGAGAUAGAUGUCAAAAGAUUCGAGUUUCUGGGUGUGCCUAUCGACUGUACAUCAAAAGACUUCUAUAGAUUGUUUUUGAAUAUUGCUUUUACAGAUCUGACUCACACUGAGGAACUUAUUCUGGAAAACAUAAAGAUAAAAAUGCAUAGAUAUGCAAUAUAUAGAUGGAAGGCAUACAAGCAUAAGUCAAUUAUAGAUGCACUUGAUGUUCAGUAUAACACUGUGAAAUUGAAUUACUUAGUCAGCCUUAGAAAUCUUCAUAUUGAUGACGCAUGGCUCUUGAAAAAACAUCUACUGGAAAUUCAAAAGUAUAAGAACGAUUUAAUAGCAAUCAGCAAAACUAACCAACUAAGAAGAUGGAUGCAGUAA